AUGGCCUCAUACCGCCCCCUCAGUUUAUUGAGUUUGUAUUUGAUUCUUCUAGCCUUAGUGUUUCAUGUAACGCAAGCCAUUCAUGAAGCCAAGAGUGAUCACGUUUGCUGUAGUGAGUGCAUUGGUAAGCCAUCGCAGGCCCCUUACAACUAUGAUCCACUGAUCUUUGAUCAGUGCACGGCCAUAAAGCCAGCAGGGGUUUGCUGCUUUGAAUGUGGUAAUUUGGGUGAACCGAGUUAUGGAGAUACUGUGUCCUAUGGAAACGAUGGGGUGACGGCCGUAGUCAAGGCCGGUACCUUUAUCUCAUUUACUUGGAAUGGUGUCGUGAACGUUACGUACGUGUCGCUUAAGACCGGUCAAAAGAAGACAGUGACCCCGACAGUGUCUGAUGCUGAAGCCAUGAAGAAAUCGGACACGUUUCUAAUCUGUGCCAAGUCUGCUGGUACCAUUUACUUUCGAGGCUGGGGCAGUGAUACUUGUACCGAGGCGUCACCAGAACAUUCGGUCACGAUCGAAAAGGGGGACUCGGGCAGUGACACGUGUGACGCAAAUGACGUCAAGGUGCCUCUGCCUUCGAGUUCCAGUGAUUCGGAUACGAGUUCGACGCCGGCUGAUGCGACUGUGAAGAACUGUAAUCAGCAACGAGCUAGUGUACAGACAGUUGAUGGAACAAGGACUUGUGUGUGUGUCUCGGAUUGGACAAACCCACCGGAAUGCGAUCGCUGGCCUUUGUGGAAGUGGCUCGUGACAAUUGGUGGUGGAGUUGCGGCACUCUUCUCCAUUAUCAUUUCAGUUCGAGCACUUGUUGGGAGCCGCAAGAAGAAGCAGGAGAAGGAGGAGUACCAAUCGAAUGUUGUUCCGAUGGGUUCAAAAAGCUGCGACAUUGAGUCGAUGCAAGUGACACCGGACAAUGAUGGCCAGGGUACAGCCAUGGCUUCGUACAAGUACAACCCAGAAGCGGAUCGGACUAAUGAAGGCGCUCGGAAGGACGACCGUGAAUUUACGCUUUGA